GCAGUCUCCUUGGGAACAGCUGUCCCAAUGAGGAGUGAAUUCCCAAGCUCACCCAGAAGUGGAAGUGCUUUUUCAGUAUUCAGGAUCCUUCUGCGCCUUCACCUACAGCAUUUACAUUUGUGUCCCCAUGACUGAUACCACACAGGUCACAAGAAUUGCCCUGGAAGUGAAUCCAGCACCUGGAGUGCCCAAGCUUGGGGCAGGCAGAGGCCAGAAGGUUUCAUUCCACAAAGCCAACCCCAGGCUGACUUCCCCGGGGCCGUGGGCGCUUUGUCGAAGAUGAGGCAAGGCAGAGCAGCUUCUCACUCUCUCAGCUAUGGAAAGCCACCACCUCUGUGCUAGCCUGGAGAAGCCCCCAGGAGGCAGUCCUCCCUCCUUCAUCGCUCUGCUGAGGGUGUACCGAGAGCUGCUGGUGAGCAGGAUCCGCAACACGCAGUGUUUGCUCGACAACUUGCUGACCAACGACUACUUCUCCGCUGAGGAUGCAGAGAUUGUUGUCCAGUUCCCAACUCAAGCAGAUAAGGUUCGCAAAAUUCUGGACUUGGUUCAAAGCAAGGGAGAAGAAGUCUCAGAAUAUUUCAUCCUUGUCCUGCAGAAAGUCACUGAUGCUUACUAUGAACUUCAGCCUUGGCUGGAUCAAAUAGGUUAUGAGCCUUCGGCGUGCAUGUGUGGUAAACCCGUGGUAAACACAGACCCAGUCAGCAGGUAUUGCCAGAAGCUGAGAGAGGAGCUGGGCCGGGACUCCAAGUUUGUGAUGUCCUAUGGGCAGAGGGAAGAGAUGCUGCUGGAGGACAUCUACGCUCCCAGCAUCAUGGAGCUGGUCAGCUUCACCAACGAGAGCCUAGGCCAUGUAUGUCAACUGGAAGCCCUUUUUGAUGAUGCACUUGGGCUAAUUAAUGAAGAUGGAGAAACAAUUUACGUCUUUGGUGACGCAGGAAUCGGCAAAUCCAUCUUGCUGCAGAGGAUUCAGAGCCUUUGGGCCAGGAGAGAACUGGAUGUGGGGGCCAAGUUUCUCUUCCGCUUCCGCUGCAGGAUGUUUAGUUGCUUUAAGGAAGACGAAGCCAUAUGCUUGCAAGACCUGCUCUUCAAAUACAACUGCUACCCAGACCAGGACCCCACUGAGGUGUUCCAUCACAUCCUACAGUUCCCUCACACAGUUCUUUUCACGUUUGAUGGCUUCGAUGAGAUCUAUUCCAGCUUUGACCUCAGUGGUGUGCCCGAGGUGUGUUCCCCCAAGGAAGCCAUCCACCCGCUGAUGCUGCUGGUGAGCCUCCUCAGAGGGAAGCUGCUGAAGGGCUCCAGGAAAAUCCUUACCGCUAGGACAGGAACUGAGAUCCAGAGAAACAUCAUUAGGAAGAAAGUGCUGCUGCGUGGCUUCUCCUGCAGCAACCUGAAGGAAUACACCGCUCGGUUCUUCAGGGAGGAGAGCCUGCGGGCGCUGGUGUGGGACCAGCUGGAGGCUAACCCCUACCUCUGCAGCCUGUGCUCGGUGCCUCUCUUCUGCUGGAUUAUCUUUAAAAGCUACGAGCACUUCCACUCCGUGUUUGACAGCCACGAGCUGCCAGACUGCUCUGUCACCUUAACAGAUGUCUUCCUGCUCAUGGUCGAAGUCCACCUGAACCGAUCGCUCAAAACGAGCCUGCUGAGGAGCACCCCCAGGAGCCGAGCGGAGGUGUUCCAGCCCAGGAGGGAAACUCUGCUGUCCUUGGGCAGGUUGGCAUGCAGAGGGAUGGAGAACUCCCUCUUCAUCUUCGAGCAGGAGGAGGUCUCCUCAGCCAGUGUCUCUGAAGGGGAUCUGCAGUUGGGCUUCCUCAGGACAGUGAAAGGUUACAGCGGCUGCAAUGAUCAGGCCACUUACGAGUUCCUGCACUUGACCCUCCAGUCCUUUUUCACGGCUUUGUUCCUGGUGGUUGAAGAGAAGGUGAGCGCCGGGGAGCUGCUGCGCUUCUUCAGCGAGUGCUCUUCCAGCGAGGCCGCCCAGCCCAGCUGCCUGCACAUUCCCUGGCUGAGGAAGCGGCUGGCGGGAGGGGAUCCUUUCAAGAACCACGAGCACUUGCACUUCACCAACCUCUUCCUCUGCGGGCUGCUCUCCAGAGCCAAGAAGAAGCUCCUGGGACACUUGGCCUCGCCCGCGGUCAUCAAGAGGAAGAGGAAGGCGCUGGUCGCCUACCUGGGGCAGAGCACCAAGUGCCACAUGAAAGGCUACGCCCGCUCCAGGCUCCUUGCCUACAACCAGGUGCAGCUGCAGCCCAACUUCGUGUGGCUGCUGCGCUGCCUGCACGAGGCGCAGAGCGCGCGCGCGUGGCGGCAGGCGGCCGGGCGCAUGCAGGCCAACUACCUGAAGCUCACCUACUGCAACGCCUGCGCCGCCGACUGCCGCGCCCUGGCCGUGCUGCUGCGCCACUGCCCGCGGCGCCUGGCGCUCGACCUGGACAACAACAACAUCAACGACUACGGAGUCAAGGAGCUGCUGCCUUGCUUCAGCAAGCUGGCGGUCAUCAGGCUCAGUGUAAAUCAGGUUACAGACCAUGGAGUAAGGAUCUUGUAUGAAGAACUCUCCAAGUACCAAAUUGUGACUUUCUUGGGCUUAUACAACAACCAAAUCACUGAUGUUGGAGCCAAGUACGUUGCAAAACUCAUUGAAGAGUGUUCAAGCCUUGAAUAUGUAAAGAUAGGGGCAAACAAGAUAACCAGUGAAGGAGGGAAGUGCCUUGCCCAGGCCAUCCAGAAGAGCAGAACAAUCUUUGAAAUUGGCAUGUGGGGUAACCAGGUUGGAGACGAAGGAGCAAAGGCAUUUGCAGAGGCCCUGAGGAACCACCCCAAGAUAACAAAUGUGAGUCUGGCACUCAAUGGCAUCACCACAGAAGGAGGCAAAAGCAUUGCUGAAGCUCUGCAGCACAACAACUCAGUGAAAAUAUUCUGGUUGACUAAAAAUGAGCUGGAUGAUGAAGCAGCAGUGAGUUUUGCAGAGAUGCUGAAGGUCAACAAGCAACUGACACAUCUCUGGCUUAUCCAGAAUCGAAUUACAGCCAAAGGGGUGAAGCACCUCAGUGAGGCACUCAAGGAGAACACAACUAUUAAGGAAGUCUGUUUGAACGGGAACCUGCUGAGCCAAGAAGAGGCCAAAGCUUUUGAGGAGGAGGAGCGCAUCGUCUGCUGCUGAGCCGGGGCUCUGCCCUCCCGCAGAGCUCCCACCCUCGGCCUGCAGGCCUUAGACAGGGCUCAGCCUGCAGUGCCUUUCUGUGAGCAUGCUGAGCUCCCUGGGCUCCAGCCCUGCCGCGGGGAGGGUGAUGCUUGUGUGGUGCUCUGAAGCUGCACGGCACAGUGCUGCAGAGCAGAGCGCUGGCAGGUGUCUGCACCUUGCUGACUUCAGUGUGCAGAAUAAAGCUAACCUCGGGUAAGCAA